ACUGCGGCGUAUACCGGCGCAAGCCGUAGCGACUCACGUGACUCGCGGGGCACCAGUGGCGGGAAUCUGUGAGUGGGCGCUGACGUGGGGUUCUUCAGCCUGUGUUUUGUGUCUGCCGUGGGCAUCCCCGGCGCGACCCUCACCAGCUCUUUCCCCCAGACGGGAAGUAAGUCGGCGUGGGAGGAAGGUUCCAGCGAGAGCCUUCGCUCCCACCCGGACCCUCUUGGCCCGGGCUCUCCCAGCUCCGCUGAACCUUGCUGGAUCAUUGGUGUUGAGAUAAAAUUGACAAACAUGUCCCGGAUCGAAAAGAUGAGCAUUCUGGGCGUGCGGAGUUUUGGAAUAGAGGACAAAGAUAAGCAAAUUAUCACUUUCUUCAGUCCCCUCACAAUUUUGGUUGGCCCCAAUGGGGCGGGGAAGACGACCAUUAUUGAAUGUCUAAAAUAUAUUUGUACUGGAGAUUUCCCUCCUGGAACCAAAGGAAAUACAUUUGUUCAUGAUCCCAAGGUUGCUCAAGAAACAGAUGUUCGAGCCCAGAUUCGCCUGCAGUUCCGCGAUGUCAACAGCGAGCUUGUGGCUGUGCAGCGGUCCAUGGUGUGCACUCAGAAGGGCAGAAAGACCGAGUUUAAAACCCUGGAGGGGGUCAUUACCAGGACAAAGCAUGGUGAAAGGGUCAGUCUCAGCUCUAAGUGUGCGGAACUUGACCGAGAGAUGAUAAGUUCUCUUGGGGUUUCCAAGUCUGUGCUAAAUAAUGUUAUUUUCUGUCAUCAAGAAGAUUCUAAUUGGCCUUUAAGUGAAGGAAAGGCUUUGAAGCAAAAAUUUGAUGAAAUUUUUUCAGCAACAAGGUACAUUAAAGCCUUGGAAACACUUCGACAGGUGCGCCAGACACAAGGUCAGAAAGUAAGAGAAUGUCAAACAGAACUAAAAUAUCUGAAGCAAAAUAAGGAAGAAGCUUGUGAGAUUCGUGAUCAGAUUACUAGUAAGGAAGCCCAGUUAACAUCUUCAAAGGAAAUUGUCAGAUCGUAUGAGAAUGAACUUGAUCCAUUGAAGACUCGUCUAAAAGAAAUUGAACAAAAUCUCUCUAAAAUAAUGAAACUUGAUAAUGAAAUUAAAGCCUUGGAAAGCCGAAAGAAGCAAAUGGAGAAAGAUAAUAGUGAACUGGAACAGAAAAUGGAAAAGGUUUUUCAAGGGACUGAUGAGCAACUAAAUGAUUUAUAUCACAAUCACCAGAGAACAGUAAGGGAAAAAGAAAGGAGAUUGGUAGACUGUCAGCGUGAACUGGAAAAAUUAAAUAAAGAAUCGAGGCUUCUCAAUCAAGAAAAAUCAGAACUACUUGUUGAACAGGGUCGUCUACAGCUGCAAGCGGAUCGGCAUCAAGAAAACAUCCGUGCUAGAGAUUCAUUAAUUCAGUCUUUGGCAAUACAGUUAGAAUUGGAUGGCUUUGAGCGUGGACCAUUCAGUGAAAGACAGAUUAAGAACUUUCACAAACUUGUGAGAGAGAGACAAGAAAAGGAAGAAGAAACUGCCCACCAACUGAUGAAUGACUUUGCAGAGAAAGAAACUCUGAAACAAAAACAGAUAGAUGAGAUAAGGGAUAAGAAAAUUGGACUGGGAAGAAUAAUUGAGCUAAAAUCAGAAAUCCUCAGUAAGAAGCAGAACGAGCUGAAAAAUGUGAAGUGCGAAUUACAGCAAUUGGAAGGAUCUUCAGACAGGAUUCUUGAACUGGACCAGGAGCUCACAAAAGCUGAACAUGAGCUUAGCAAGGCUGAGAAAAACAGCAAUGUAGAAACUCUAAAAGCAGAAGUAACAAGUCUUCAAAAUGAGAAAGCCGAUCUAGACAGAAUCGUGCGUAAACUGGACCAAGAGAUGGAGCAGCUGAACCAUCAUACAACAACGCGCACCCAGUUGGAGAUGCUGACCAAAGACAAAGCUGAUAAAGAUGAACAAAUCAGAAAAAUAAAAUCUAGGCACAGUGAUGAAUUAAAUUCAUUGUUAGGGUAUUUUCCUAACAAAAAGCAGCUUGAAGACUGGCUUCAUAGUAAAUCAAAAGAAAUUAAUCAGACCAGGGACAGGCUUGCUAAAUUGAACAAGGAACUAGCUUCAGCUGAGCAAAAUAAAAAUCAUAUAAAUAAUGAGCUAAAAAGGAAGGAAGAGCAGUUGUCCAAUUACGAAGACAAGCUGUUUGAUGUUUGCGGUAGCCAAGAUUUUGAAAGUGAUUUAGACAAGCUUAAAGAAGAAAUUGAAAAAUCUUCCAAACAACGAGCCAUGCUGGCUGGAGCCACAGCAGUUUACUCCCAAUUCAUUACUCAGCUAACGGACGAAAACCAGUCCUGCUGCCCCGUCUGUCAGAGAGUUUUUCAGACAGAAGCCGAAUUACAAGAAGUCAUCAGUGAUUUGCAGUCCAAACUGCGGCUGGCUCCAGAUAAACUCAAGUCAACAGAAUCAGAGCUAAAGAAAAAAGAAAAGCGGCGAGACGAAAUGCUGGGGCUCGUGCCCAUGAGGCAAAGCAUAAUUGAUUUGAAAGAGAAGGAAAUGCCAGAAUUAAGAAACAGACUGCAGAGUGUCAAUAGAGACAUACAGCGCCUAAAGAAUGACAUAGAAGAACAGGAAACACUCUUGGGCGCAAUAAUGCCAGAAGAAGAAAGCGCUAAAGUGUGUCUGACAGAUGUUACAAUUAUGGAGAGAUUUCAGAUGGAACUUAAAGAUGUUGAAAGAAAAAUUGCACAACAAGCAGCUAAGCUGCAAGGAGUAGACUUGGAUAGAACUGUUCAACAAGUAAAUCAGGAAAAACAAGAAAAACAACACAAAUUAGAUACAGUUUCUAGUAAGAUUGAAUUGAAUCGUAAGUUUAUACAGGACCAGCAGGAACAGAUUCAGCACCUGAGAAGUAUAACAAAUGAACUUAAAUCGGAGAAACUUCAGAUAUCCACUAACUUACAACGUCGUCAGCAACUGGAGGAGCAGACUGUGGAGUUAUCCACCGAAGUUCAGUCCUUGUACAGAGAGAUAAAGGAUGCUAAAGAACAGAUAAGCCCAUUGGAAACCACACUGGACAAGUUCCAUCAGGAAAAAGAAGAAAUAAUUUGCAAAAAAACUACAAAUAUCAAAAUAACACAGGAUAAAAUAAAUGAUAUCAAAGAGAAGGUUAAAAAUAUUCAUGGUUAUAUGAAAAACAUUGAGAAUUAUAUUCAAGAUGGGAAAGACGACUAUAAGAAGCAAAAAGAAACUGAACUUAAUAAAGUAAUAGCUCAACUAAGUGAAAGCGAGAAACACCACGAAAAGAUAAAUAAGGAAAUGGGAAUCAUGAGACAAGAUAUUGAUACACAGAAGAUACAAGAAAGAUGGCUGCAGGAUAACCUUACAUUAAGAAAAAGAAAUGAAGAACUGAAAGAAGUUGAAGAAGAAAGAAAACGACAUUUGAAGGAAAUGGGUCAAAUGCAGGUUUUACAGAUGAGAAAUGAACAUCAGAACUUGGAAGAAAAAAUAGAUAAUAUAAAAAGAAAUCACAGUUUGGCAAUAGGGCGACAGAAAGGUUAUGAGGACGAAAUUAUCCACUUUAAGAAAGAACUUCAAAAACCUCAAUUUCGAGAUGCUGAGGAAAAGUAUAGAGAAAUGAUGAUCGUUAUGAGAACAACGGAGCUUGUCAACAAGGAUCUGGACAUUUAUUACAAGACCCUCGACCAAGCAAUAAUGAAAUUUCACAGUAUGAAAAUGGAAGAAAUCAAUAAAAUCAUUCGUGACCUUUGGCGAAGCACCUAUCGUGGACAAGAUAUUGAAUAUAUAGAAAUCAGGUCUGACGCCGACGAAAACCUGUCAGCCUCUGAUAAACGGCGGAACUACAACUACCGCGUGGUGAUGCUGAAGGGGGACACGGCCUUGGAUAUGCGAGGACGGUGCAGUGCGGGGCAAAAGGUGUUGGCCUCCCUCAUCAUCCGCCUGGCCCUGGCGGAAACAUUCUGCUUGAACUGCGGCAUCCUUGCCUUGGAUGAGCCAACAACAAAUCUUGACCGAGAAAAUAUUGAAUCUCUUGCACACGCUUUAGUUGAGAUAAUAAAAAGUCGCUCACAGCAACGUAACUUCCAGCUUCUGGUAAUCACUCACGAUGAAGAUUUUGUGGAGCUCUUAGGGCGUUCUAAAUAUGUGGAGAAAUUCUACAGAAUCAAGAAGAACAUUGAUCAGUGCUCAGAGAUUGUCAAAUGCAGUGUUAACUCCCUGGGAUCUUAUGUUCAUUAAAAAUACUCAAGAUUUAAUUGUCUUGGAAACACCGGUCCUCAGGCAACUGCUUAUUUCUGGAAUCAGCUGAGUCAGUAAGCAAAUAUAUUCUUUGAAAGUAA